GAUCGGAGGAGGGAGGAGGAGAAAGAGGAGGACGAAGAGGAGGGAGGUGUUGGAUGAAGACUGCCGCAAAACACCGCCAGCGGAGCUCUGCACUCGCACAGCGGGAGACCCGAGAUGCUGACCAGGGGACCGGACCGCGGGGGACGCGGGACGCAGGGGACGCGACGCUGAGCGGCUUCGGAGAUGAACGGCCGGCGCACUUACGAUGCGAGGAUGCGCGCGCUGAUGGCGGCGGUCUGUCUCUGCCACUGCGUCUCCGCGCAGCUGCUCGACACCAAAGCGAAAGGAGCGCCGCCGCACGUCGUCUGCAGCGUCCCCGGGGCGCCGGGCCGCGCCGGAAAACCGGGGCCCGCCGGGCCCCCGGGAGCGGUCGGGAAUGUGGGCGUCCCGGGAAGAGAUGGCCGAGAUGGCAGGAAGGGUGAACGGGGAGAAAAGGGAGACGCAGGGUUGAAGGGCAGAGUCGGGCCGACGGGAAAGGUCGGAGGUCGAGGCGAUCGCGGGCCCGCUGGCAAGCGGGGCCCCGCGGCAGAGGGCGGCGACGCGGGGCCUCCGGGACCUCCGGGCCGGGACGGAGACAAAGGGGACCGGGGCCGAGGGGGGCCGCCCGGCGCGACGGGGACCUGCAAGUGUGGCGGCCUGCUGCCCAGGUCGGCCUUCUCCGCCGGCAUCACCAGCAGCUACCCGGCGGAGAAGACCCCCAUCAAGUUCAACAAGGUCCUGUUCGACGAGGGCGGCCAUUACGACCCGCGGACGGGCAAGUUCAUCUGCGCCUAUCCGGGCAUUUAUUACUUCUCCUAUGACAUCACGCUGGCCAACAAGCACCUGGCCAUCGGCCUGGUGCACAACGGGCGGUACCGCAUCAAGACCUUCGACGCCAACACGGGGAACCACGACGUGGCGUCCGGCGCCACCAUGAUGUUCCUGAACCCGGAGGACGAGGUCUGGCUGGAGAUCUUCUUCAACGACCAGAACGGACUGUUCGCGGACCCGGGCUGGUCCGACAGCGUGUUCUCUGGCUUCCUGCUGUACGCAGACAAAGACUACCUCGACGCGCUGGCAGAGGACUAUUCAUAGGGCCGAUGGUCGCUGGGGUUCUUUAUUACACAUAUGCUCAAACCAUAUUUUUGUACAGACGUGUCUACUGCCAGGUGGGUUAUUCCCAUAGAGAAAUAUCUACUGAUUUGAAGUAUUAUUUGAUUAAGCUACAAUAGGUGUUUUUGAUGAGGAGUCGGGAGUCUACACACUUUACACAAAGGCCAAACAAAAGCAGAAAUAUACCUCGAAUAACAAGAUGAAAAGAUAAAACAAUGUUUUUUUUUAUUAGGAAAUAAGAGUCAAAAACAGCCAGAGGAGAAUAUUGUGUUGGCAGGGGUUUCGCAGUGGGCGGAUCCGGGGCGUUUCCAAACAGUUUGAUUGACGGCCCUUCAGAUGAAUGGGGCGGCGGCUCGGUCGCCCUGAGGCUUGGA